AAAGUGCGCAUGCGCAGUGGAGCAGGCCUAACUGUGACGCGAAAGCCAGUUUGCUGUAAGAGACGUUUGUGAAGUUUAACGUUUUAACGAGGAACUCUCUAAAGGUUUAAACAUAUUUUAAAAACUAAACAUAUAAAAUGGCAUCGGGGACGCCGUGCCUGAACAGCCGCUGGGAUCAGCCCAAGUCCAAGGCAGACCUGCUGCAGGGGCUGAUGGGAAACGUGUCCACGAACAAACCAGCUCCUGUGACCCCGAGUCAAGCUGUUCCACCUGGGGCAGGUUCUCCAGCCCCUUCUGCCCCGGCGCAGGGUGGAGUGGAGAUGGCGACUGCGAUGGCUGCCAAACUUAACGCCAUGUUAAUGGCUAAAGGAAAACUUAAACCCCUUCAGCCUUUACCUAGUAAGGCCCCUCCCAGUGCCCCGGGACCUGUUAGCAAUGAGGAGAUUGUUGUCACAGAAGUGGAUAUUAAUGAUGUUCCUGUGAACUGCAGAAAUCUGCUCACCAAAAGCAAAACACAGGAGGAGAUUCGUCUGUACAGCGGUGCGCUGGUCUCCACUAAAGGCCUGUACCUGAGCGACACUGACAAAUCCACCUACAAAGGAGGGGAGCGUCCUCUGUAUCUGCACGUGCAGGGACGCAGUCAGGACGAAGUCAACAAGGCUGUGAUACGGAUUAAAGAAAUAAUCUCUGAGGAUGUGAUGCGAGCAUCAGGGGGCCAGCAGCCGGCUAUAAUUCCCCCGGUUGCUGUUUACCCCCAACCCCCACGACCUUCCGUACCCCCACAGCCACACCUCCCUACGCCACGCCCCCCGAACGCUCCUGUAACGCCCGCACACAGACCCCCUCCUCCUCACGCUGGGAGUUUUGUGCACACUAAGCUAUUUGUAGGAUUGGAGCAAUGCCUGCCGGGCUUCAGCGUGAACGAGAAGGUAGAGGGACCGAGCGGCUCGUACCUGCAGCACAUCCAGACGGAGACCGGGGCACGCGUCUUCCUGCGGGGGAAGGGCUCGGGCUACAUCGAACAGGCCUCGCGGAGAGAGUCUUUCGAACCCCUGUACCUCUACAUCAGCCACCCGAACUCUGCUGGCCUGGAAGCAGCCAAGAAACUCUGCGAGAGCCUCCUGGAGACGGUGCGGGCUGAACAUGCACGUCUGGUGUCAGUGUACACAGCUACAGGCUCCACACAAGCAUCGUACCCAUCUCACGGCUAUUCGUCCACCGGCAGCAGUAGUUACAGCAGCCAGUCGUGGUACGGCUACCCCAGUACUUACCCAUCAUACCCUGCAACAGGAAGUUACUGGAGUCGAGCAGACAGUGCAGACGGUGCGCAGAUGGUGCAGUAUCCCAUGUGUCCUCGCCAGUCCACUUCAUUCAUACUGCAGGAAGAAAACAAGACCUCAGAUGCUGCUGUAAGCGACUCGUCCAGUGUUUCCAGCCCAAAGAGACGCUUCAUAGAGGAGGGAGAGGAGGAGGAGGAAGGAGAGAAGGAGUUAACGCAGGAGCCGAAACCAGAAGAUCCAGUGGAAGAGACUGUGUCUAAUAGUGCUGAUGCUGUUGCUGCUGCUGCUGAUGAUGCUGUUGCUGAUGAUGAUGUCUGUAAAUCAGAUGGGAUACUGAUGCCUCCUCCACCUCCUCCUGUGGUGUCGCUCCCAGCACCGCUCAAGAGACCGAGGCAAGAACCUGCAGAUGAAGAGGAGGUGAAGAAGGUGAAGAUCUCCUCAGACUCUUUAGGUCUCGUCCCGUACGGUGGAGACUCGUCAGAUGAAGAAGAGGAGAAAACUCGCAGUGGAAGGAAAAGCAAUUUUUAACCCCGCCCCUACACGCACGCGUGUCCCCAGUCACAUUAACACCCCAUAACCCCCCCAGUCUACCCCAAACCUCGAGCAGGAGAAAAUGUGCCCCGUCCCUUUUAACUUGAACUUUUCUGAGUUUGGAAAAUGGUGUAACUGUUCCUAUGGAAUAAAAUCAAUGUUGAAACAUG